AAGCCACCAUUUUAUGUUCAUCUUUCUUCACCGAAUGUAGAAAAGAAAAAGAAGGUUUUGAAAGCUUGAAACAUUCGGCCAUUUUGAAGCUUAAUUCAAGAUCAAGAAUUAAAGAAAUCGGAUUUGGAUCGAGGAAAUACAAAAGUGGUCGAGUAGCUGAUUUAACAGUCGACGACAUCCUAGGAGACAAAUGAUUGUGCUGAACUGUGUCUUAUUCGGUAAUGCCUCGUAACCCUAAUCUGGUGACGGAUACGGGUUAGGGGUGUUACAUUUACUGUAUCCGGCACACCACAGCUAACUUCCAGCAAGAUUAUAAGAAUGCAGAUUGAAAUAGACAAGUUGUGAGAAUGGCGCACGAGCUAGAGUCAUACAUUUUUAGCCAAAGAAUGGCCCGACUUGAGAGUGACAUGGAAGGUCUAACAAACACAUCUUUCCGGCAGUGGUUGGGUACCAUGGAGCCGUGGCAAUGGGCUCAAAGUUUUGAUGAGGGAUUUCGUUAUGGUCAAAUAACCACAAACUUGGUGGAGGGGAUCAAAGUUGUGUUUUUAAAAACACGGCAUCUUUCAAUUUCAUUUGUCUUCUUGGCUACGUUCUACAGGUUGGCUACCUUGAUGCUAAGAAUGGGUCAGCAACAAGUCAACCAGAUGGAGGCGGGACACGUCUUUGUCGAAGAUGUUAGGGAUGCAAUGGUUGCAAACCAUCGGAUGGCGAGGUCGAUGACAGUAGAAGUAUAUUCACGACAUAAUGAAGCAUUUCGAGUUACAGAGACCAUCGGUCAUCGACCUGGUAUACCACCUAGGUCCUACGGAGUUAAUCUUCGAAACAAACGGUGCGACUGCAGGAGGUUUCAAACACUUCAUUAUCCAUGUGCACAUGUCGUGGCAGCUUGUGCUGAAGUUGGGCUCAAUGUAGAACAAUUUAUCGAUGAAGUGUACACCAUCGAACGCACGUUACGUGUAUGGGAAAACGAGUUCCCUGUGCUUCUUGACCUAUCUACUUGGGAGGUAGCUCCGACGACCUUCGAACUUGUCCUAGACAAAAGGUUGCGUAGGAACCCAAAAGAUCGUUCGCAAUCAUCCAGAAUCCAUAACGGAAUGGAUAUUAGGGAGAAAUCCGACAGGAAGCUAUGUGGCGUAUGCAGAUUAGCCAGUCAUAAUCGGAGUAAAUGCCCGCUCCGAAACUACCAUGCUGGACAAUCGUCUCAAUCGGGUAGAAAUUGAUAUGUAGUUCAUUACAUGUUGAGAGGAUUGAAUCAC